GUUAGUUCCACCACAGCAUAUUCAGGUCGGGUUCUCCACCUCUCGCGCAGCUGCACGGAACUAGGGUUUCGGAAAACGAAUAUCCAUGGAUUUUCUCACCGAAUUCUGUAAUUUUCCCUUCGAAAAUCCAAAUUUUCUUACUUGAUGUGUUGUCGUCGAUUUCUGUCUCCGUUGAAUUCGUAAAUGGAGACUCAGAGGAUCAUAGAUUUCCCUCACGAAAACAUGGAUAAACGCCCCAGGAAGAGACCUCGUCUGACUUGGGACAUGCCCCCCCUUGUUCCCCCACCUCCCAAGGUCCUUCCGACAAUAUAUUGUGGGCACGAGUUUGCGAACGGAGCAGUUCCCAAUUAUGCUUGUUCUUCGAUAUAUUACAAGGGAGUGCCCCACAAUGGAUGCCCUCCAUGGAGACCAGAUGAUAAAGAUGGCCACUAUGUUUUUGCCAUUGGAGAGAACUUAUCUCCUCGUUACAGGAUUUUGAGCAAAAUGGGUGAAGGGACUUUUGGGAAAGUCUUGGAAUGUUUGGACAAUGAAAAGAAAGAGAUCGUGGCAAUUAAAAUUGUUCGUUCCUUACACAAAUACCGCGAAGCUGCUAUGAUUGAAAUUGAUGUACUACAAAAGCUUGCCAGGCAUGACAUUGGUGCCACACGUUGUGUGCAAAUACGGAAUUGGUUUGACUAUCGUAAUCAUAUUUGUAUUGUAUUUGAGAAGCUUGGACCAAGCUUAUAUGAUUUUCUCCGCAAAAACAGCUAUCGUUCAUUUCCCAUUGAUCUUGUGCGGGAGUUCGGCAGACAACUUUUGGAAUCUGUAGCAUUUAUGCAUGAUUUACGCCUAAUUCACACAGAUCUGAAACCAGAAAAUAUUCUUCUUGUUUCACCAGAGUAUGUUAAAGUGCCGGAUUAUAAGUGUCUAUCACGAUCCACGAAAGAUGGUUCAUAUUUCAAGAAUCUGCCAAAGUCAAGUGCAAUUAAGCUAAUUGAUUUUGGGAGUACUACGUUUGAACAUCAGGACCACAGCUAUGUGGUGUCAACGCGUCAUUACCGUGCACCAGAGGUUAUUCUUGGUCUUGGAUGGAACUAUCCUUGUGAUUUGUGGAGCAUAGGUUGUAUACUCGUUGAACUUUGCUCUGGCGAUGCCCUUUUUCAAACACACGAGAACUUGGAACAUCUGGCUAUGAUGGAGAGGGUGUUAGGGCCACUGCCACAACAUAUGAUUGUUAGAGCUGACAAUCGUGCUGAGAAAUAUUUCAAGAGGGGUGCACAAUUGGAUUGGCCUGAGAGUGCAACCUCAAGACAAAGUAUGCGGGCAGUAUGGAAAUUACCCCGUCUACAGAACCUGAUAAUGCGGCAUGUGGAUCACUCUGCUGGUGAUCUGAUUGAUCUCUUACAAGGGCUUCUGCGAUAUGACCCAGCAGAGCGGCUCAAAGCAAGGGAAGCUCUUAGACAUCCCUUCUUCACAAGAGACCUGAGAAGGGUUGUUGAAGACGCAUGAAUAAUGGGGUGGUGAGGCCACUCUGCAACUUGCUUUAGCUGAUGGUUGUGUCUGGUAAAGUUGGUGGAAUCAUAGGUAAAGUUGGUGGAAUCAUUGACUGAUUGAAACCGGUUUCACUACUUCCUCUACAUUCAUCAGAGAAAAAUUGUCAACGGUCUUUGAUGCCUUUCAAGGGGAGAGGAUCGGGUUUGAUCAUAUUCUGUUGGUUUCAGUAAAAAAUAUUUUUGGUAAAAAAAAAUGUUUUUUUAUGCUUGGUUGCAAUUUUGAAACAUGUGUUAGUGAUGAUGUAGAGGUUUAGUGAUGGAGGUGGUGGCGGCACAUUGGUAAGAUUUUAUUUCAAAAGGUAUCUCACAUUUCAAAAAAAAUGGAAAAUAACUUUUAAGCUACUAAAAUUUGUAAUUUUUGUUGAUUAGGGUGAAGGCAAAGCCUGCUUCAGAUUGUUUCA